AUGGCCCCCGCCCCGCCCUCGGCCGACCCGGCCAACCUGCCCCUCGCCGACUACUUCUUCAUAUCCGGCAUCGAGUCCUCCCAGGUCUACGACGCCCAGCGCGUCAACGGCGCCGCUAUCGCCCCCGCCGAGUCCACCAUCGAGGAGGAUGCCGCGCUCGAGGUCGAGGAAGAGGCCGUCCCGACCCCGCCACGGCCCACCUCGUCCGACGGUGCCUCGCUCUCCAAACGCGAGACGCGCCAGUCGAUAAGCAGCGUCAUAGGCCCCGACUGCGGCCCGGGGCCCACCGCAAGCAACCGCAGCAGCGCCACCAUCAAGGGCUUUCCUCAGAUUGGCGGCUCCGGACUGAGCGACUUCGACUUCGACCAGGCCUUGCGCAAGUUCGCCGCCGAGCGCGAGACGUUCCUCGAGGAAAUACAGUUCAGCGCCGGCACGCUCAAGCAGGAAGAUCGCCCGCGCCCGCGCCCCAAGACCCAGAGGAUAGUGAACGAGGAUGCGAGCAGUCUCGGCGCCGGCAUUGGGAGCAUUCGGAGGAGGAUCAGCACCAUCGGCCGGAGCCAGCGCAAUUCCAGCGUGAUGCGCAACUCUUCGGUCCGCACUUCGAGAAGAAUGAGUGGUUACAACUCGGUCAUUCCCGCCCCGCGUCCCUUCCUCCACGAACCCAACAUGCAUCCCUUGAAGCGGAGAUACGAGCCGGUCCUGCUCGACCGCUACCCGCCCAAGGCCAUGGUAGACGAGCUGAAGCGAAGAAAUCCCUUCCCGGACUAUGUUCCCAUGUUCGCCUUCCCAAACGAUGUGAACGUCGUUUCGUCGGACGAACGCCCCAGGUCGACGUGGCACGGUUUUGCUAUGACUAAUGGCGAUGGCUCCAAGCUUCACGGUAUCUGCUUAACCGUGUGGGUGCCGCUUAACCCCGUGGCUGCCGAGGAGCUGGAACGUCAGUGCGAAGAGUGGCGAAAGGCGAACAUGACUCCUGAAGAAAGAGAGCUGGCAGGGAGUCUUGGAGAGCGCUUGGCGGCCGAGAGAGCAAAACUUUCGAGGCUGUUGGCUCAACUUCCCACGGUGCCCUCGGGAUCAGACGAAAGGGAACGGCUGGAGGAUGACAUCAGUGCCGUCGAAGAGAAGAUUGGCUUGAUGAAUGAUCUACUGCGACCUGUCCGGCACGGCGCUGCGUCCAAGAUUGAUGGUCUGACCGAUGGUGAAACCGGUCUUUGGAUUCCCCGGGCGUACGGUGUGUUGGGCAGGGAGGGGGGCAUGACGAGCUUCUGGAAGGAAUGGCUGCGAGCCGUUGUUGUGCCCAUGUAUCAGGGCAGUCUCCUUCGGAUUCCGGCAAGCUCACCACGGGUUGGGAUGUGGCAGCCGCUCGAACGUUAUGUCGUCAACCUCUGUGCUGAGGCGCUCAGCCCCAUGUCUUCGAUUACGCAGGUCGAACUUGCCGUUCGCGAACUACGCAUGUAUGCACGGAAGGAGGCUGUCAACGAACUACCGGGAUCAAGGAACACCGAUAUCUAUGCUCUGUUCCGGUCGCUGUCGAUCCAGAACAUUGUCACUCUCUUCGAGUACGUACUCUCAGAGGGUCGCAUCAUCCUGCUGUCUUCGCACACGAGCAUGCUACAUCUUGCCAGUGCAGCGAUCACUCACCUGCUGUAUCCGUUUACGUGGGCAGGCGUCUUCAUCCCCGUCCUCCCAGUCCGCUUGAUUCAAGCUCUCGAGGCCCCCUGUCCUUACAUUGUAGGAAUCGAACGCCGUUACGAGAAUGUGGAGCUACCCGAAGACGAUUUCGUGCUUGUCGACCUCGAUCAGGAUGUCAUCGAGAGCACGGCGCCUCCUGUUGCAUUGCCUCGCCAGCAACGAAGGAAGUUGAUCUCGCUGUUGCAGUUGGCUGCACCGCAUCACAUCAAAUACGGCGUCCCCACUGGACCCCCGGCCUACGCCAUGGACGCAUAUCCUUACGACUCCUACUCUUCCGAGAACACAUCCAUAUUCACGCACAAAGCGCCUCGGGCUACGCUCGCGCAUUAUGUCAGCCUCAAUUCAGCGUCAUUUGGCCCUGCUGGUGCCGUCACAGCCCCCAGGCUCUGCGUCUUCAACGCCUUCCUCCAAGCGAGAGCCGAAAGCCGAGGCGCUAGUAGAGGAGCCAGCAGAGGCGGCAGCAGAGGCGGUGCUGACAGACCGUCAACGAGCUCAACAAGCAGAACGAACAACUCACCCCCGUCGCCAAGCAGCAGGUCUCCAACCUCAAUGGUAUUCCCUCCCCUACCAUCAACGCCAAUCUCCCGGAGCGAUUCCGGUUAUGCUCUCCAAGCAAGCCUCCGCGAGAAGCGCUCCGGCCACUUCGAUGCGGCCUCUCGACGGAGCUCUUCGUUUGGUCCGGAGAGAAUGAACACCCUACGUCGUCCCAGCCAGCCCAUCCUCGGUCACUCGUCGAAUCUGUCCACCUCGACUCUCGGCACCGAGUAUCGACCCCCUGGUUCUUCGUACGCCCCGUCGGUUUAUGCGCAGUCGACUCUCGCUGCUUCGACAGUCAUGCCCAACGCUUUUUCGGCCCCUGUACGCAACUCGGAUACGACACAGUGGUGUGAGGGUCACUGCAUGCAGUGGCGGCCAAAUGACGACAGAGCGACGUGCUCUAUCUGCGAUGACAAGGCAGAUGAUGGCAUGUACAGGUGCACUGGUUGCAGUGUUAUUGCUCAUCCCAGGUGUUUGAACCAAAUAUGCCUCGUCUGCCCUUCUGCUUUUCUACCCGACCAAGUGCGUGCUGCUUUCGUCCGGUGCUUCGCCAGCCUCUUGUACACGUAUAGGCGGUUUUUGGGAGCGCCGAGCUCUGAUCAAAAGAAGUCUGGAUUGCUAUACUCGUUUAACAUGGAUGGCUUCUUGAGGAGCAUGCCGAGCGAAAACCAAGAAUACGUUGCCAUGCUGCGCGAGACCCAGGCUUUCAACGAAUUCAUUCACGAGCGAGAGUCUACCCGCUCAGACGACCCGUCGAUCAAGCUCUUUGACCAGAUAAUUCUGUCCAAGAAGAACCGCGGACGCACAUCCUUUUUCUCGAAAUCUUCAACCGACUUCCUCAAUGACACUUCCGAUCAUCUAUGGCGCUCUGCGGUCGCCACGCCACCGUCUGCGCGCUUCCCUGGGGAUUAUCGUUCGGUCGUGACCCGUCAGCCAGCCAAGCUGGAUCCGACGUUGAUGAAGGAGCCAAGGGUCAUCCAAGGUGUACCAAGAGUCCCUCAACAAAAGGCCAAGCGGAAGCCAAUCCCUUCCAUGAUUGGCGGCAAAUGA